AUGCCCAGCUCCUUCCACGUGCAGCAGCAGAUCAAGGCGGGCGGCGUCCAUUACAACGUCGCCUGGAGCAAAGGCCUCAACGCCUGCGGAAAUAACUUCAGCAUCGCACCGGAGAGCUCGCCCGCGUGCGGGGACAGGUUUGAGGUGGACGGCAACAAGUACUCCCUCGAGGGCUGCGCGGAUCCGGACAACGGCUACGCGCAGGCGCCUGCCCAGCUCCUGCGCGGGGACGGGCCAGUCUUUGGGUCAUACGAAGGGGCUUACAAGAAGCUCGGAUUCAAUGGGAGUACGGAUGAUGUUGUGAAGCGGUAUCUGUGUGGGUAA